GGCCGGCGGCCGAGAGGCGGGGGCGCGGGCCCGAGCGCUAGCGCCGCCAUGCCCGGCUCCACCGGCCAGCCCGACGGCGGCGGCGACGACCCCAGCCCGCGCCCCCCGCCCCCGCCCCCGCCGCUGCCGCCGCCGCCGCCGCCCCUGCCCGAGGGCGCAGAGGAGGAGGCCGCGCCCGACGACGCGGCCGCCGCCGCCGCGCUGCGCCUGGCGCUGGACCAGCUCUCGGGGCUGGGGCUGGGGGGCGCGGGCGGCCCGGACGAGGAGGGGGCGGCCGCGGGCGACGGCGCGGUGGCGGCGGCGGCGGGCGGCGCGGACGGCGGGGCGGCGGCGGAGCCCGCGCCCCCCGACGUGCCGGAGGCGGGCGCGCCCGCGGUGGCCGAGGCCGUGGCGCCGGGCUCGCUGGCGCUGCUGGAGCCCGACGUGAGCCCGCCGCCGCCGCCCCGGCAGUCGCCGCCCGACGUGUUCGCCGGCUUCGCGCCCCACCCCGCGGCCCUGGGCCCCCCGACGCUGCUGGCCGAGCAGAUGAGCGUGAUCGGCAGCCGCAAGAAGAGCGUGAACAUGACCGAGUGCGUGCCCGUGCCCAGCUCCGAGCACGUCGCCGAGAUCGUGGGUCGCCAGGGCUGCAAGAUCAAGGCUCUGCGCGCCAAGACAAACACGUACAUCAAGACUCCGGUGCGCGGGGAGGAGCCGGUGUUUAUCGUGACGGGCCGCAAGGAGGACGUGGAGAUGGCCAAGCGGGAGAUCCUGUCCGCCGCCGAGCACUUCUCCGUGAUCCGCGCCACGCGCAGCAAGGCCGGCGGGCUGCCCGGCGCCGCGCAGGGGCCGCCCAACCUGCCCGGACAGACCACCAUCCAGGUGCGCGUGCCCUACCGCGUGGUGGGGCUGGUGGUGGGGCCCAAGGGCGCCACGAUCAAGCGCAUCCAGCAGCGGACGCACACGUACAUCGUGACGCCCGGGCGCGACAAGGAGCCGGUGUUCGCCGUGACGGGCAUGCCCGAGAACGUGGACCGCGCGCGCGAGGAGAUCGAGGCGCACAUCACGCUGCGCACCGGCGCCUUCACCGACGCGGGCCCCGACAGCGACUUCCACGCCAACGGCACCGACGUCUGUCUGGACCUGCUCGGAACGGCCGCCGGCCUCUGGGCCAAGGCCCCCAACCCCGGCCGCCGGCCCCCCGCGCCCGCAGCCGGCCUCCGCGGGGACGGGGCCCUGGGCGCCUCCGGGGGCCCCGAUGCCUUCUACGCGGGGGGCCGCGGGGGGCCGCCGGUGCCCGAUGCGGGCCCCGCCAGCCCCUACGGAGGCUCGGGCAACGGGGGCUUCACCUUCGGCGGGGACGGCCCGGGGGCCCCAUCGGGGCCGCCCGCCCCCGAGGACUGUGACUUUGGCUUCGACUUCCUGGCGCUGGACCUGACCGUGCCCGCCGCCGCCACCAUCUGGGCGCCCUUCGAGCGGGCCGCGCCGCUGCCCGCCUUCAGCAGCUGCUCGGCCGUCAACGGGGCCCCCACGGCCCCCGCCCCCGGCGCCCGGCGCAGCAGCGGGGCCGGCACGCCGCGCCACUCGCCCACGCUGCCCGAGCCCGGCGGCCUGGCCCUGGAGCUCCCGCUGGCCCGCCGCGGCGCGCCCGACCCGGUGGGCGCCCUGGCCUGGCGGCCGGCACAGGGCACACUGUCGUCCUUCUCCGGCGGCGGCGCCGGCUUCCCCGCGGCCACCUCGCUGCCCAGCGGCUCCUCGGCCUCCGCGUGCCCCGCCCUGGACUCCGGAGUCUCCGAGGGCGGCCGCAAGGCCUCCGUGGCCGCACCGUCUGCUGCCCCGACCCCGACCCCUGCCGCGCCCGCCCCGUCCUCGGCGCGGGAGUGCGUGGUGUGCGCCGAGGGCGAGGUGAUGGCCGCGCUGGUCCCCUGCGGCCACAACCUCUUCUGCAUGGACUGCGCCGUCCGCAUCUGCGGCAAGAGCGAGCCCGAGUGCCCGGCCUGCCGCACACCCGCCACCCAGGCCAUUCAUAUCUUUUCGUAGCGGUGCGGCUGGCCGCCGCAGGCCCGGGGGGCGGCACGGAGGGGGCGGCGGGGGCGGCGCGGCGGGGCCAGCCUUCACAGACCAGCUUUAACUCGGUCCCAGGCGUGGAGACGGCUGCCCGGCGGCAUCUCAGUUCCUAACAAAUAAACAGUAUUGAAUCGACAGGUUACAAUAAAACAGAGAGAAAAGGUCUGUUUGCACUUUUUAUUUAAGACUCCCCGCCCGCCAGGGUGAUCUUUUUAAGGGGUAAAAAGUAUAUAUAUAGAUAGAUAGAUAGAUAGAUAGAUAGAUACGGUUUUUACAACUCUGGGUUGUCCGUCUUUGGGACCUGGGUUUCUGACUCGACGGCGCUGGCUUCGGAGGCCGCCACAGCCUCUGCGAAUCCCCUCGAGGAGAAGGGCCACGUUUUUACUCCCUCUGCGGGCUGACGGCUGCCCUUCCGAGUGUCGGCGUGGGACAGGCUGGAGGGGGCGGGGUGGGGGGCGGGGGGCCCGACCAGAAAUUUCUAACUUUGUGUUUUUAAUUAUUAAUCUCCUUCUGUGGUUUCUGUUGUCAGUUUUUAAAUUUUUUUAAAUUGUGUUUUUUUAAGCUUUUACUUUUUACCUCUGUGUAUAUGUAGGGAAUUUAUAGGGAAAUAUGUACUUUAUGGAAUAAAUUUUAAGAACUAAAAAUAUAUUUUAUUUUAAAUAAAGUAACGGACCUUUAAUCUUACACAGCUAAAUUACUGAUUAUAUAUUUGCUGAGCUGACUUAAGGGUUCAGAAAAUUGUAUCAAGAGUUUUAUUUUUUGACUUCAAAGCCUUCUUAAUAAAGUCUUUUUACUACACGUGA